AUGUUCAAAUUAUUUUUUAGCAUUAUAGUUUUAUUUUUUUAUUCAUGUAACACUCAGGUAUCAAAUAUAGAGGAAUUGAAGCAAAAAUAUGUGGAGAUGAUAUUAGAAUGUUCUGGCGACUUUCCGAUAUCUGCUGUUGAUUUGGACCUCUUGAAGAACAAGAAAAUGCCUGACAACCAAGCUAUUAAGUGUCUUUUCGCUUGCGUCUAUAAAAAAGCCGGAAUGAUGAAUGACAAAGGAGAACUUUGGAUUGAAGGUGUAAAUGAAAUGACUCGCAAAUACCUAUCAAAUGAUCUUUUACGGAUGAAGAAGAGCGAAGAAUUCACAGCGGCGUGUAAAAGCGUGAACGAUGUUCCUGUUAGUGAUGGUAUAAAGGGAUGCGAAAGAGCUGCUUUGAUCUUCAAAUGUACGGUAGAAAAGGCUCCGGCGUUCGACUUCGUUUGA